AUGGGUUCUAUGGGGAUGCAGAUGAUAGGCAGCGCCCUGGCCCUUUUCGGCUGGAUCGGGGCAAUCAUUGUGUGCGCCUUACCCAUGUGGCGGGUCUCAGCCUUCAUUGGCAACAACAUAGUGACCUCCCAGACCAUAUGGGAGGGCAUCUGGAUGAGCUGCGUGGUCCAGAGUACAGGCCAGAUGCAGUGUAAGGUGUACGACUCCAUGCUGGCUCUGGGCACUGACCUCCAGGGGUCUCGGGCACUGAUGGUGGUUUCCAUCAUCACAGGUGUCGUAGGGCUCCUCAUUUCCUUCGCUGGUGGAAAAUGCACCAACUUCAUUCCUGAGGAGAGGGCCAAAGCGAGGGCUUCAGUUGCAGCAGGCGUGGUGCUGAUCAUCAGUGGAUUUCUCUGCCUUGUUCCAGUGUCCUGGAGCGCCAGCAUCAUUAUAAGGAACUUCUACAGCCCUCUGCUAAUAGAUGCCCAGAAAAGAGAGCUUGGAGCCUCUCUUUACAUCGGCUGGGGGGCUGGCGGUCUGCUGGUGCUGGGAGGGGGGCUUUUGUGCGCCAACUGCCCCCCCAAGGAAGAAAAAACCCCUUCUGUUAAGUACCUCAUAAACAAGUCUACAGGAGGAUACAGCAGAGGGGACCCUGACACCCCUGUCCAGUCUGUUACACCGCCAAAGACCUACAUUUGA